UCCUGAUUCGACGGCCCAACAAGCCAGCCCAUCCCAAUCCCCUUCUUCCACACGCGCAGCGCAGACAAGGAGUGGCGGCGAUCCAACUCCAGCCAUGUCGAAACCGCGACGCCCACUCCUCCUCGCCGUCCUCCUCGCCGCCGCCGCCAUCCUCGCCUCCGCUUCCUCAAAGCCGCAGCCGCCUCCGUGCAGCCGCUCGUGCGCGGCUCUCAAUUGCGACUCCGUGGGGAUCCGCUACGGCAAGUACUGCGGCGUGGGCUGGAGUGGCUGCGACGGGGAGGAGCCCUGCGACGACCUCGACGCCUGCUGCCGCGACCACGACCACUGCGUCGACAAGAAAGGUCUGAUGAGCGUGAAAUGCCAUGAGAAGUUCAAAAACUGCAUGAGGAAAGUGAAAAAGGCGGGCAAGGUUGGCUUCUCUGUGAAAUGCCCGUAUGAGAUGGCUAUGGCAACAAUGACUCAAGGAAUGGACAUGGCCAUCAUGCUCAGCCAGUUGGGCAGCCACAAGCUUGAACUCUAGCAUUCGUGCAGCUUCGCCCUCAGGGCAGGUUGCAUCUUGAUUCUCACUGAAAUACACAUAUCACUUGACGUCUUGAUUGAAGAUUAGAAUUUACUACUACUUGAUGUGCCGUAGCUUAUUGUUUCAUUGGAGGAACGCAUAGCUUAUUGUUUCAUUUGGUCUGCCUAAUUGUUCUUUGCUUUGUUUAGCCGCUUGAAUAUUUUGGAUUCCCAAGCAGGAAACAUGUAGGUAGUAUGUUUCAACAGCUGACUAUAUAUUGGAGAAAGAAAUAUUGUUGAUGCUAGCUGGUCAACAGCUCGAGUAGGAAAACAGGAGUUACAUUGUUGUUACUCUGCACUAUUACUGUGCUUAACUUGUAAAUUGUAGAGGGAGUUUAUGGCCAUGGUGAAUUGGUGAUGAUACACAUGGUCUUAUUAAUUGGAGGUGUAAAUAAAUGAUGGCUUUGCCUCAAAGCUGAGGUGAGCUACUCAGGGCCUGUUUGUGCUUAA